CUGCCUGGUUCCUGCUGCCUCCGGCGCUGCUUCUCGGGGCGAUGGGGGCGGCGGUGUUCUUCGGCUGCACCUUCAUCGCCUUCGGGCCGGCCUUGGCCCUCUGCCUGCUCACCGUGGCCGGGGACCCCCUGCGCGUCAUCAUCCUGGUGGCUGGGUCAGCAGGGGGCUGAUUUGGGGGGGAGGGGGCUGCUGGGGUGGGAAUCCCCUCUUUUUUGGGGGGGGAGGAAAGUGGGUCCCGGUUGGGGGAGGGUGACGUGGAGAGGGGGCUCCGGGGCAUGUGCAGAAAGACCUUCCGUGGUAGGUCUCUGCCUAGCAAAGACAGGAAGGUUAUGAUUGAACGGUAAAUUGCAAAACAAAAAACAGGAUUAUUCCCACAUUUCCUGUUUGCAGGCAGAGAGAUCAUAGCCUUGUUUUGUUCACGUGUUUUUUUGUUCUUGUGGAGAGGAGAAGGCUCUGGCCCCAGCCUCUCAAAGAGAAAGUGGGAGGGCUUUCCAUAGAAUCAUAGAAUGUAGAAUGAAGGGACCCCCUCAAUGCAGGAAUCUCAACUAAAGCAUCCACGAAAGGUGACCACCCAACCUCUGCUUUAAAACCUGCAAGGAAAAGAUCUCACCGCUUCUUCCUGUCGGAAAGUUCUUCCUGAUGUUUAGCUUGAUUGCAAAAUUACGAGGCCCACCUUUUCCUUUUAAGGCAGAGAUGAUAGUCUUGCUCACAGAUUAUUGUGGAGCGAAGAGAGGAGUCGGGGGCAUGUGCAAAGCACUUCCUUUGCAGGCCCCAGGGGGCAGGGAAUUAAUGACAGAUUGCAAAAUUGUUACUCCCACUUUUUUUCAUUUUAAAUCGGAGAUCACAGUGUUUUGCUUGGUUUUGUUUUGUUCAUAUAAGGUGCAAACUUCCACCCACUUUCAUGGGUGGAGUAAGCUCAGUUUGAGUAGACCUGUAGAGGGUUGUGGGGCCUGGAGUGGGGGAGGGGGCAAGAGCAAUAGGGCUGGUGGCAAUAGGGCUGGUGGGUGGAGACCUCUUUUUCUAGGGUCAGGGGAGGGGCUUCUUGAGGUUAUGAGGGUGAUAUGGAAACACACUUAUGAAGGUGAGGGUGGGAGGGGGCUCCAUGCACAGAGCCCCCCUUUAAAGGUCCCAGUGUAGCAACGAGAGGUUAUAACUGAUAGGUUGCGAAAUUAUUAUCUCACCUUUUCAUUUUAAGGCAGCUUAAUUAUAUUUUGGUUUUUCAUUUAUGUUUGCUUAGGUAACCAUCUCUAUAUCCAUACUUUUUCCGGGGAGUGAAGUCCCGUUGUAAUCUGUCAUUUUAGUUCUUGGUGAUUAUUUAUUUAUUUGCACAUAACCGCGCAACGAUGUGAAAUCGCUUAAGCGGCUUACAUAGAAAGGCGAUUCUCUAAAUUGCUUUGAUAUGCUAUCAUAGGAAGCAACUCAUAAAUGGAAAUAAAUAAAUAAAUAAACAAUCCUUUUUAAAAGAGAAGAAAAGCAUACAGUGGUACCUCGGGUUACAGACGCUUCAGGUUACACACUCCGCUAACCCAGAAAUAGUGCUUCAGGUUAAGAACUUUGCUUCAGGAUAAGAACAGAAAUCGGGCUCCGGCGGCACGGCGCUAGCAGGAGGUCCUAUUAGCUAAAGUGGUGCUUCAGGUUAAGAACAGUUUCAGGUUAAGAAUGGACCUCCGGAACGAAUUAAGUACAUAACCAGAGGUACCACUGUAUUUCUCUCGCCCUCUUAUUAUAACCAACAACACAGUGCAAAGUGGGUGGGCAUAAACUGGCCCAUUUGCAGUUUAAUGGCCAAUUCUGCCCACCUGUGCCCCUUCCCACCAAGACAUUAACUAACUUUUCAGUCACUUCCUCUUCCUUUCUCCCUGAUAAAGCAUCUGGUUUAAAAUACUGUACUAUCUUAGCAUCAGUGCUGCUACCCCAGCAUGGAAAUAAUCAUCAUUUUAAAAAAAAUCAGAAACCAUUUUUCUUGUGGUUUUUCUAAGGAGCUUGUCAGUCUUAAGAUCUCCUGGAAGUCACACAGUCUUCUCUGGGUCCUCUUCCCUUAAAACCCAUAUUUUAGGACAAGUGGGCUUUAAACAGAGUCAGACCCUUGGGUCCAUCUAGCUCAGUAUUGUCCACUCGGACUGGCAGCAGCUCUUUGGGGUUUAAGGCAGUGGGACGUUCCCAGCCUGACCUGAAGAUUUUGAGGAUUGCACUGUGGGAUCUUCUGCGUGCAAAGUAUGUGCUCUUAUCACAGCCUUGUCCUCAUGAUCCCAAAUAAAGGGAUUGAUUUACUGCUUUGUCAAUGAUGUUGCAGAUUUAACCCCAGACCUUCUGCGUGCAAGGCAGGUUCCCUACUGCUGAGCCAGGUCCUGUUGGCUGUGAUUUAUUUUUUUUGCAGAAGUUACAAUCCACGUCCUUUCCUUGUUUAUUAUUGCCUCCAGAGUGUAGGAAGCCGGGUCUGGAGCACAUUUUGCUGGUGACGACAUGCUAGGCUCUGAGGCAGAUGGCGGGAGCUUGCUAUGAUGAGUUUUGGAGAUGUAUUGAGAGCAAGCAAGGUGGGGCCGAUGCCUUUCUCUUCCUUGCAUUUGAAGCCUGUAUUUGUAAAAUGCGCCUGCAGCAUUUAUUCCCACUGAGAAAAUCACAGCCCCAAAGGUGCUAAAACGUCCCUUUGGAAACUGCAAGAAAGCGCCUUUGGUUGACAAAAGGGGGCAUUGUGUGUGUCCUCUGCAAAUGUAGAUUUUCCAGUUCUGCUGUUUAUUUACAAAAAAAAACCCCAAAGCCUGCAUUGCAUUGCAUUCCUUCCUUCCUUCCUGCAAUGGAGCACAUGACAAAAGUUUGCAUGUGACCGAACUUCCCUUAGAUAGCUCAGAGGAGAGAAGUUAGAUACAUCGUCGGCGCAUGACAGCCUUAAAGAAUUUAAGCAGAGCUUUCUGAUGCCUCCAACUCAACCUGUCUGGUUUGUGGCGGUGCCCGGCUCAGAGACUUCUCAGGUAUAAAACUCAAAAGGGUUUCUGAAGUCCAAGAUCAGAUAUCCAAUUGUGGUAGCAAACCCUGAGUGUAAACAGUUGCACUACGAAAGGAACAGGCCAGUUGCUGUCUCUUAGCCCAGGCAUAGGCAAAAACUGCCCUCCAGCUGUUUUGGGACUGCAACUCCCAUCAUCCUUAGCUAACAGGACCAGUGGUCAGGGAUGAUGGGAAUUGUAGUCCCAAAACAUCUGGAGGCCGAGUUUGCCUAUGCCUGUCUUAGCCUAACCUACCUCGCAAGGUCGUUGUGAGGAUAACGUGGGGAGGGGGGAACUAUGUAUGCCACCUUGAGGUCUCUGGAGGAAAGGUGGUUGUUGACAUCCGUCUGUUUCGAGAGACGAUGGAAUGUGCCUCCGAGGUGAAGUCAAAAUUGCUGUGUUAGCCAUGCCGAAAUGACCUCCUUGGAACGCAGCCUGGGCAGUGUGUCUGGAGGUCCUGGGCUGCUCAAACGACAGACAAGACCCCCCUCUUGGCCUCUGAUGUGGUCCAAAGGAAAUCAGAGCAAGACGUUUGGCACCAGAUUGGCUGCAGUACUUGCCGGAAGGAGGCGUACGAGGUGUCUUAGGGACUGCACUCUGCAUUUGUGUAGAGCAGCCGUGUCGAAGGGGCUUGAAUAACUCAGAGAAGCUAUGAGCUAUGCCGUGCAGGGCCACCCAAGAUGGACAGGUCAUAGUGGAGAGUUUUGAUCGAACGUGAUCCACCUGGAGCAGAAACCGGCAAGCCACUCCAGUAUCCCUGCCAAGAAAACUCCAUGGACAAAGACAACAGGCAUAUAAAAGUUAUGACGCUGGCAGAUGAGCCCCUCAGGUCGGAAGGCGUCCAACAUGCUACUGAGGAAGAGCGGAGGACAAGUACAAGUAGAUUCAGAGCUGAUGAAGCGGCUGGGCCAAAGCUGAAAGGACGGCUCAGUUGCGGAUAUGCCUGGAAGCGAAAGGAAAGUCCAAUGCUGUAAAGACUCCCUGGAAAAGACCCUGAUGUUGGGAAAGAUGGAGGGCACAAGGAGAAAGGGACGACAGAGGAUGAGAUGGUGGGACAGUGUUCUCGAAGCUACCAGCAUGAGUUUGACCAAACUGCAGGAGGCAGUGGAAGACAGGAGUGCCUGGCGUGUUCUUGUCCAGGGGUCACGAAGAGUCGGACACGACUAAACAACAACAACAGCCUUUCUCAACCUGUGGGUCCAGAGAUGUUGUUGAACUACAACUCCCAUCACCCCUAGCUAGCAAAGCCAGAGCUCAGGGGUGAUGGGCACUGUAGUCCAACAACAUCUGGGGACCCACAGGUUGAGAACCGCUGGUGUAGAGCAUGGGUAGGCAAACUAAGGCCCGGGGACCGGAUCCUGCCUAAUUGCCUUCUAAAUCCAGGCCACAGACAGUCUGGGAAUCAGCAUGUUUUUACCUAAGUAGGAUGUGUCCUUUUAUUUAAUAUGCAUCUCUGGGUUAUUUGUGGGGCCUGCCUGGUGUUUUUCCAUGAGUAGAAUGUGUCCUUUAAUUAAAAAUGCAUUUGUGGGGCAUAGGAAUUCGGUCAUUAUUUCCCCCCAAAAAAUAUAGUCCGGCCCCCUACAAGGUCUGAGGGACAACCAGCCCCUGCUGAAAAAGUUUGCUGACCCCUGUUAUAGAGUUUAUGCCUUGGCCUUGUAUUCUCCUGAAGAUAUCCUGCAAAGCAGCAGAGAUUUAGGAUCAGAGUUUUCCUCCUCCUAGAUAGGCUACCUUCCCACCUGUCCCUCACUUCCUUCUGCAGCUUGUUCAGAUACAGCCUUCUCAAAGCAGAGGAAGUCCCUGACUCACUGAGGGUUUGAGACCCAUCAGCUACCCUCACAUGGUUUAGCCUCCCAGUUGAAGCCAUCUCCUGGGGUGUGGAAGUUCCCAGGUUAGGUCGACAGCAUCUCCAGCUACAGCUGAAACCCGGGACGCCUGAUGCCAGUCCAUGCAGAUAAUGAUGAUGAUGAUAAUAAUAAUAAUAAUAUAUUUGAACCCUGCCCAUCUGAACUGGGUUGCCUCAGCCACUCUGGGCGGCUUCCAGCAUAUAUAAAAACUUAGCGAUAAUCCUGAGCUAGGUAGAGCUCAAGGGUCUGACUCUGUAUAAGGGGGCUUCUUAUAUUCCUAUGAGAUAGUGCUGAAUUUAAAACAGGGUAACAUAAAAAUCAAUUAUUCUUUUUAUUUUUUAGAAAAUGGAUUUUUUAAACAUUUUAAUUGGAAUUUUUAAAUUUAAAUCGGAUUUUUAAAAAUGUAUUUAAAUCGGAUUUUUAAAAUAAAAUGCUUUGAAAGGAAAUAUAUUUCUAAAGAUAGUUUUCUAUUUUAGUUACGUUAUAGUCCAAAGGCUAUUCGUCAGGAUUUGUUUUAAAGUUUUUCAUGUGUGCUAAAACUCAGUCUUAAGGUUGUUGUUUUUUUAAAAAAAUUGUUUAACCACAUCAGUUAACAAACAUGGAUACAUAUGCUAUAAUGUUAUUGUUUAAGUUAAAUAAAUUGUUAAAUUGUUAUUAAGGAAAUGAUUAUUUUUCUCCUUCCAAUAAAGUACAGCAGAAAAAUUGUCCAAAUAUAAACAGUUAACUUAUUAAACCUCACAAUAAUUUCGUAAUUAUCUGUCUAUGUAUUUCUAAUCAUAGUAUAAAUCAAAUCAGUAAUUUUGGAUGUGACUGUAAAAACUACUCUGAAAAUUUAUUAUUCCAAAAAUGGAACCUUCAUCUGGUUGUAAAUAUUAAGAUUAUACCAGCAAGAAUGAGUCUGUCUGAAAAGAAAAGAAAAAAUUAAAUCAAGUCUUACUGACUAGUGAUUUAAAUUAUGAUUUGAUUUGAUUUGAUUUUAAAUCAAAUCCACCCUGAUUUAAAUAACUGGGAUAAGGCUUGACAGGGUGGGGGUUUCUGGCAAGUGGUACUCGGAAGCAUUCCUGCCCCCCAAAUUGCAUGGGAGAAGAGGGGCUCUUCAACUCAGCUGUUGUCAGCCUGAUUCUCUGCAGCUGUUUUGAACUACAACUCCCAUCAGCCCCAGCGGUAGUCUGUAACAUCUGGAGGGGCCCUAAUUUUGACAAAGGUUGGUCUUAGCUUCUUCCCGCGAAGCAGAAAAAAAUUCUGCGUAGUAGCUCGUGAUUUAAAGAGGUUGCAGAAAGUGGGUUGCCCUGGUGUGAAUCUCUUCUCCCCAAGUUCAGAGUAAAGUGGUACCUUGGUUCUCAAAUGCCAAAACCCGGAAGUAAGUGUUCCGGUUUUCGAACUAUUUUCAGAAGCCAAACGUCCGACGCAGCUGUCAGUUAUUGUUUCUGGGGCACCUGCACCAAUCAGAAGCUGCGCCUUGGUUUUUGAACAUUUCAGAAGUCAAACAGACUUCCGGAACUGAUUAAGUUUGGCGCUUUUGUUUUUGCUAUCUAUCUAUCUAUCUAUCUAUAUCUAUUUAUUUAUUUAUUUAGAGGCUUUUUCGGUUAAUUUGUUUUUAUGUGGAACCCAGUUCAGCUACUGAUUGAUUGAUUGAUUGAUUGAUUGAUUGAUUCUGUGACUGUGGAAAUGGAUAAAAGCCCCCCAACCAAACAAUGACUAUCAUCAGUGAAUGCAGUUAAGAAAAAAAGUUAAAUUUAAUUUUUAUCACCUGCAAUAUCGUCUUAUUUAUUUUAUAGUACAGUGCAUUGAUUAUUGCUUUCAUUUUAUGGAUCAGUGGUCUCGUUAGAUAGUAAAAUUCAUGUUAAAUUGCCGUUUUAGGGGUUGUUUUUAAAAGUCUGGAAUGGAUUAAUCCGUUUUGCAUUGCUUUCUAUGGGAAAGCGCGCCUUGGUUUUGGAACGCUUUGGUUUUGGAACGGACUUCCGGAACGGAUUAAGUUUGAGAACCAAGGUACCACUGUAUGUGCACACCUGUUGAUAACGAUUAAUGUCCUUUUAUUCCUCUCGCUGUCUAUCCAGGGCCUUUUUCUGGCUGGUCUCCCUGCUCCUGGCCUCUUUGAUUUGGUUUAUUUCGGUGCAUCUGAGCGACCGGGAAGAUGGGCGUCUACAGUACGGCCUUCUGAUGUUUGGGGCGGCUGUCUCGGUCUUGCUCCAGGAAGCCUUUCGCUUCGCGUACUUCAAGCUCCUCAAGUAAGAGUGCCUUGCUAAGCUGUGGCAAAUAGUCCCACUUCUGCGCCAAUGUUUAUUUUAGUUUUUAUUUAUACUUUUCAAAUUUAUGCAUUCCAAUUAGUUUUACAAUCAAUUUAACAUUUCGAAAUUUGACUUCCUUCUCCCUCUUUCUGUGGCUCCUUAAAUUUAUUUUUUUAAUAUCUUCUGCAUAUUAAAAUUCAUUUGACUUGCUCAUUUAAUUAUCUCCUGUAAAUAUAUACUCUUAUAAAACUGCAGGUCAUUACAAUAAUCCUGCUAAUGUUUUUAUCUGUUUGCAAUUUAUAUGCAAAUAUUCGAUAAACCAUUUCCAUUCUUUUAUAAAAAAAGUUUGUUAUCUUGAUUUCUUAUUCUUCCGGUAAGUUUCACCAUUUCUGCAUAUUCCAUGAGUUUUUGUAUCCAUUCUUCCUUUGCUGGGACUUCUUCCUCUUUCCACUUGUGGGCAAGUACAUUCUUGCUGCUGUAGUAGCAUACAUAAAUAAAUUUCUGUACAAUUUAGGUAGUUCUGUCCCUAUACUGUAAUUCCCAAAAGAAAAGCUUCUGGGUUUUUAAAAUAAAAGUUAUUUUGAACAUCCUUUUCAAUGCAUUAUAUGUCAUUUCCCAGUAAGCUUUAACCUUACUACAAGACCACUUCUGUGCCGAUUCUGGGUGGCCCCAAAGACAUCAGCCCUGUAGCUGAUAUUUCCUUCCUAAAUGCAACAAAAGGUGCCCUUCAGAGGUGGAAUCUUUUUGGCUUCGUCCCUGCCCAAAAUCUGGAUUCACUGCUAUGGUUCUCCAGAACAUAAGAAGAGCUCUGCUGGAUCAGACCGGCGACCCACUUAGUCCAAAUCCGGGUCUCACGGUGACCAACCAAGUCCCCUUAAUAGGAAACCCGCAAUCAGGACCCACUGUUCCCUCCUGCAGUUUCCAGCAAUUGAUAUUCAGAAGCAUUUCUGCCUCCAGCCAUGGAGACUGAGCAUAGCCGUCAUAGCUAGUAGCUGUCGAUAGCCUUUUCUUCUUCCACGAAUUUGUCUAAUCCCCUUUUAAAGCUGUCUGGAUUGGUGGCAAUCGCUGCUUCCUGUGGCAGCGAGUUCCAUAGUUCAACCAUGCACCACUUGGAGAAGGACUUGCCAUAUUUUUCCGUGUAUAAGACGACCCCAAUCUUUUUAAACCCAAAAUUACCGUAUUUUUCGCUCCAUAAGGCGCACCUGAUCAUAAGGCGCACCUAGUUUCUAGAGGGGGAAUUCAAGAAAAAAAAAUAUUUAAAGGGCGUGCUGAGCAGAGCUUGUAUGCAUCCCAGGCUCUGCUCAGCGCUCCCUUUACAGAGCCGGGUGGAGUGUGUGUGCAGCUCUUGGGGGCUUUUCCUGUCUGCCUCCCCCCUGCAUUCGCUCCAUAAGACGCACACACAUUUCCCCUUGCUUUUUAGGAGGGAAAAAGUGUGUCUUAUGGAGCAAAAAAUACGGUAAGAAAUUAAGUUGUUUAGCUUUGGGGGGUGGGGUGGAGGAGGUCGCUUCCACCAAUCGCUCACCCGCCUGCCUGCCACUGCCGAUCGCUUGCCAUAGCCACUGCCGAUCGCACAGCUCACUGCAGCCGCCAAUCACCUGUCCAAUCGCUGCUGCCAAUCUCCUGCUUGCUUCUGCCACUAAUUGCACGUCCCCGCUUUGCAUUCACUAUCUGUGUAUAAGGCGAUACCCAAUUUUUGCCUUAUUUUUUUUAGCAAAAACCAUCAUCUUUUUCAUGGAAAAAUACAGCAAUUUUAUUUAUUUCCCUUUGUUGCCUUACUGUUUCCAGCACUUGCUUAAACCAAUAUCUGUUUAGGCAAGGCCCUGUCCAGACUGUUUCUUUUCAUUUACCUUUGAUUUUUAAUUACUUACCCUUUGAAUGUUUGUAAAUACCUUUUUAUAAUGGUCUUUUAUUGAUAAAUUUAAUGCGGCGUCCUUUAAAAAAAAAAGAACACCACUCAAAGGUUUUUUAUUACAAUCAAGUGGUGUGUAUAAACCUUGUUGAAUAAAUAAAAGUAAAAUUGAUCCAUCCAUCUCCUUUAUAUGCAUACAAAGGAUACAAUAAAUCAAAACAUAAAAUUGGAGUCAUAAAAGGAGAUAGUUUGAGAUAAAACUAAUAAACAAAUGGAAAACAAUUGUUCACUGAAAUUUCCUAAAUAAAAGAUGGCAGGGGGAAAUGCAGCAGUGCAUCGCAAAUAAAAUGGAGUAUGGUUCAAAGAGUCGGAACCUAGGAGCUCUUGGGUAAACAUGGAAGUUUUUAAAGAGGCAUUCGGGGAUUAUUUAGUUUUGAUUCCUGCAUUGCCAGACUACCCAACCUUUGAUGCCUCUUCCAACUCUAUGCUAUAAAAAUCUCGUGACUGUCUCUGCCUCACAAACCGCCGACCAAUUUCCUGCUUUCUUUUUGCAUCCUGCCCUCAGGAAAGCUGACGAAGGGUUGGUGACCAUCAGCGAAGACGGCCGGUCUCCCAUCUCGAUCAAGCAGAUGGCAUAUGGUGAGCGAAUUGCUGGCUGUUCCCUUUCUUACGUGUCUGUCUCCCUACGUGCGCCACAACUGUCGCUGAAACAGUCCCUCCUUGUAGAAUCCAGAUGUCCUUUUUUUUUUUUGCUAGCUUGGACCAAGAGCCCUUUUCUGGCCUUAAAAAGCAGCCGCCUGUAACCAACAAAGCUAAAGCAGAAGCCCUUUACACUUCAGAAUUCGGUUUCCUUUAAAGCUCCAUUUUCAGAGCGGUCCCUCCCAAGUGAAAUACAGUGGUACCUCAGGUUACAUAUGCUUCAGGUUACAAGCUAACCCAGAAAUAGUGCUUCAGGUUAAGAACUUUGCUUCAGGAUGAGAACAGAAAUCGUGUUCUGGUGGUGCAGCGGGAGGCCCCAUUAGCUAAAGUGGUGCUUCAGGUUAAGAACAGUUUUAGGUUAAGAACGGACCUCCGGAACAAAUUAAGUACUUAACCCGAGGUACCACUGUAACAACUUUGCUGACUUUUUCAGACCUCUAAUAAUAGUAAUAAUAGUAAUAAUAGUAAUAAUAGUAAUAAUAGUAAUAAUAAUUUAUUAUUUAUACCCCGCCCAUCUGGCUGGGCUUCCCCAGUCACUCUGGGCGGCUUCCCAAAAAAUAUUAAAAUACUGUAAUACAUCAAACAUUAAAAGCUUCCCUAAACAGGGCUGCCUUCAGAUGUCUUCUAAAAGUCUGGUAGUUGUUGUUCUCUUUGACAUCUGGUGGGAGGGCGUUCCACAGGGUGGGCGCCACCACCGAGAAGGCCCUCUGCCUGGUUCCCUGUAACUUGGCUUCUCGCAGCGAGGGAACCGCCAGAAGGCCCUCGGCGCUGGACCUCAGUGUCCGGGUAGAACAAUGGGGGUGGAGACGCUCCUUCAGGUAUACUCUUGAGUUGCCCUUCCCCUGUGUGUGCAAAUUCCAUUAUAAACAGCUCUCACGAUGGUGGCUGCUAGUCGGAAAGUGAUGUCCUGUAAGAUGAGGCACGGCAUAGCAAUAAACGUUCUCAGAGUGCUGUGAAAUUUGGUUUGUCCUUCGUACUCUCUUCUGCAGUGUCGGGUCUCUCCUUUGGAAUAAUCAGCGGGGUCUUCUCCGUCAUCAACAUCCUUGCGGACUCCAUUGGGCCAGGCACCGUGGGAAUCCAUGGGGAUUCGCCCCAUUACUUCAUUACUUCAGGUAUUACACACCUGUAAGGUUAUAUCGUAUUAGAAAAUCUGGGAGUAAGAAUUGCUGGAGGAAAUGUGGAGUGAUGGGAACGUAAUAAUAAUAAUAGUAAUAAUAAUAAUAAUAAUUUUUAUUUAUACCCCGCCCUCCCCAGCCAAGGCCGGGCUCAGGGCGGCUAACAAGCAAUAAUAAAAACAAGUUGAAUGAUUACAACUUAAAAACAAAAUUAAAAUACAACAUUAAAGUAUUGAAACAUUAAAAUAAUAAAAUGUAGCCUCAUCGUAGGAGGAGAAGGAAAGGAAAAAAGAAAGAGAGGGAGGGAAUCAAAUUGGCUCCAAGCCAAAGGCCAGGCGGAACAACUCUGUCUUACAGGCCCUGCGGAAAGAAAUCAGAUCCUGCAGGGCCCUGGUCUCAUGAGGCAGAGCGUUCCACCAGGCCGGAGCCAGAGUUGAAAAGGCCCUGGCUCUGGUUGAAGCCAAUCUAACUUCCUUAGGGCCUGGGACCACUAGGGUGUUGCUAUUUAUGGACCUUGAGGCAUACCGGGAGAGGCGGUCCCGUAGGUACGAGGGUCCUAGGUCGUGAAGGGCUUUAAAGGUCAAAACCAGCACCUUGAACCUGACCCUGUACUCCACCGGGAGCCAGUGCAGCUGGAAAAGCACUGGGUGAAUAUGCUCCCAUGGCAGAGACCCCAUGAGGAGCCUCGCUGCAGCAUUCUGCACCCGCUGGAGUUUCUGGGACAGCUUCAAGGGCAGCCCCGCAUAGAGCGAAUUACAGCAGUCAAGCCUGGAGGUGACCGUCACAUGGAUCACUGUGGCCAGGUCGGGGCAGGAAAGGUAAGGGACCAACUGCUUGAUGCGGCGAAGGUGGAAAAAUGUCGCCUUGGCUGUUGCUGUAACUUGCGCCUCCAUGGAAAGGGAGGCGUCAAGGAUUACACCCAAACUCUUAACGGAAGGCAAUGGCACUAAUUGGGCCCCCGCAAGAGAAAGGGAGUUGGUCCGUCAUCCCCAUGCCAUCCCAACCCAGCCAUAGGACCUCGGUCUUCGAAGUCAUAUGUGGUGGGAUUGUCCGUUAGUUAAUGAAUUCCGGAAACAGAUUGGUAUAGAAAUAUCGGGAAUUGUGGGUAGGAAGGUGGAAAUAUCUAAAUUAAUGGUUCUUAUUAGCCUGAGUGGCACCGAGUUAGAAACAAAAGAGGAAUGUAAAUGGGUAAAAUUGAUGGUAAUUGCAGCCAGACAAGUUAUAGCGAGUAAUUGGAAAAAUGCAGAAGAGCUAGGGGUGAACCAAUGGAGGAAAAAACUGAAAAAUAUUAUAAUCUUAGAAUAUCUAACUGUGAAGAUACAUAAAAUGAAAGGGUUUAAGAUCAGUGAGGAGGAUUGGUUUGAGAAGAUAUUGAAUUAUUCGGGCAGGUCUGAACAAAUUGGGGCAAUUAAAAUGUUAAAAGUUACAGUGGUGCCCACGCAAGGCAGAUGCCUCGCAAGGCGAAAAACCCGCUAGACGAAAGGGUUUUCCGUUUUCGAUGCGCUUCGCAAGGCAAUUUCCCUAUGGGCUUGCUUCGCAAAACGAAAAAGUCUUGCGAGUCUUGCGAUUUUUUUCGCUUCCCCCCCUUUUUCUAAGCCGCUAAUAGCCUUUUAGCCGCUAAGCCGCUAAGCCUUUAAUAGCCGCUAAACCGCUAAUAGCGCUAAGCCGCUAAGCCGCUAAUAGGGUUGCUUCGCAAGACGAAAAAACCGCUAGACGAAGAGACUCGCGGAACGGAUUAAUUUUGUCUUGCGAGGCACCACUGUAAAUAAACCUUGUGGAGGGAGGAGUGUUAAGGUAUGUAUAGAAUUGUACAUAUAGCUGAUUUGAAUAUGUUAUCAUUGAUUAUGUAUACCCAAUGGAUCAGCCGCCUGGGGGGUUUCACUGUUUGUUUUCACUGUUUGUGUUUUGGUUCUUGGUUAGAAAAAAAAUUAACUUCAGGUGACAUUCUUUUGGGAACAUAGGAAGGCCAUUGAUACUGAGCCAGACUUCUGGGAUCCAUCUAAGUUCUCAGUGUUCACUAUGGGGAAACCUUUGGCCCUCUAGAAUCCUAAAAGAAAACAUGUAGAAUGGUCUCAGCCCUUAUAUACCUGACAGACACCUGCACCCCCCAGGUGAGGAUAACCAGCUUAUCAGGAGGCCCAUUCCAUACAAUAGAGCAGACAUCCCCAAAUUCGGCUCUCCAGAUGUUUUGGGACUACAAUUCCCAUCAUCCCUGACCACUGGUCCUGUUAGCUAAGGAUGAUGGGAUUGUAGUCCCAAACAUCUGGAGGAGCCGAGUUUGAAGGUGUCUGCAAUAGAGAAACAGGGCCUUCAAGGUUGUGGCAUCUCUCAUUUGGAAUUCUGACCUCUAAAUAUUGGAGAGGUGCUUUCUCUCUUGAGUUUUUGGCACUUGCUGCGUACCUUCCUCUUCUGCAAGCUGUCCAAGAACAGAUCUUUCCUUUUAUUUAUAAAUUUUACAAUUUAAAAUAUUCAUUUAAACAACCUUAAAGUAUCAAUGACUUCCCUCCUUCUCUUUCCAUGGUUCAUUUUGCAUAACAUAAAUCCCUGCAUAUUUUAUAUAAACUAAACCAUUCAGUAUUCCAUUAUUGCACCCAUCAAAGCUUAUUUGUCAAAUUUAUCUUAAUGCUACCAGCGUUUUCAAAUGUACACAAAUUCCCCCCACAUAUUCAAUAAACGUUUUCCAAUCUUCUUUAAACAUACAUUCUUCUUGUUCUCUUAUUCUGUGAGUUAGGUCUGCAAGCUGCACAUACUGUAUUCCGUCAGUUUAAGUUCCCAUUCUUCUUUGCUUGGGACCUCGCUCGUUUUCCAUUUUUGGGCUAACAAAACACGGGCCGCAGUAGUAGUAGCAUAUAUAAAUAACCUUUUUUUUGUCUAGAAGAGAUCUUGCCUAGUCUUCAGGGUGUAGUGGGAUUGAUGUUAAGAAGUCCGAUCACUCCUGCCUUUGGGAGGAAGGAUAUAUGUUUAACAAUAGAUAAAAUAAAACAUGCAUCCGUCAUCUCUAAAUGUUGGCCAAUGGGAGUUGCUGUCUAAAAUUAUCAGGAUGGCCAAACUUUCCCCUGCCCUGCUCCACACUGACUAAUAAAGGCCUCCAGUAAUGGGACAAUUGCAUCCCUACCUGGGGUGCUGGCCACUUGGCAGUCCAAAAAAGAUUGUCAAAUGCUUCGCUAAACUGGCACUGUCCACAUGGAACAGACUGCCAAACCACCGAUUUUGAGAAACAGCGUAAAUCGUACUCACCACAAUAUGGCUUGACCAUUCUCCCGCCCUCCUCCUUUCAGCCUUCCUCACGAUGGCGCUGGUUUUCCUACACACGUUCUGGGGCACGAUCUUCUUCGACGCCUGUGAGAAGGGCCGCUACUGGACUCUGGCGUUGGUGGUCAUCAGUCACCUGGUCACGUCUGGCUUGGUGAGUAGAAUGACCCGUGUUACAUCGGAACAUCAGGAGAGCACUGUUGGAUCUGACCCCAGUCUAUUCCAGCAUCCCGUUCUCGCAGUGGCUGAAUGCCUCCAAGAACCUAGGAAUUCAGAUAGACUGCCCCUGGAGCUGGAGGUUCCAUAAGAAAGUCCGUAAGAAAGAGCCCUCUAGCUGGGUGAGGUUAGCGGCUCAUCUAAUCCAGAAUCCUGUUCUCACAGUAGCUGAGCAGACGCCCGAAAGGGAAACAUGCAGAGAAGACAUGGAUGCAGAAACACUCCUGCAUAUUUCUUCACGCAGCGCGUGGGUUAAACUACGGAACUCCCUCCCGCAAGAAGAAGAAGGAGAGUUUGGACUUGAUAUCCUGCCUUUCACUCCCCUUAAGGAGUCUCAAGGGAUGCGGGUGGCACGUGAAACCACAGAGCCUAGGGCUUGCCGAUCAGAAGGUCGGUGGUUCAAAUCCCCGUGACGGGGUGAGCUCCCGUUGCUCGGUCCCUGCUCCCUCGCUUUAUUGGCCGAGGGAGCAAGCGUACAGCUUCCGGGUCAUGUGGCCAGCAUGACUAAGCCGCUUCUGGCGAACCAGAACAGUGCACGGAAGUGCCGUUUACCUUCCCGCUGGAGCGGUACCUAUUUAUCUACUUGCACUUUGACGUGCUUUCGAACUGCUGGGUUGGCAGGAGCAGGGACCGAGCAACGGGAGCUCACCCCGUCGUGGGGAUUCAAACCGCUGACCUUCGGAUCGGCAAGCCCUAGGCUCUGUGGUUUAACCCACAGCGCCACCCACGUCCCGACUGAGCUAGAUGGGCCCAAAGGUUUAGAGAAUAGCUUCUCUCUCUCUCUUGUAACCUUAGAUCUUAGGGAUAUCCAAUGAAGUUGAACGCUGGAAGGUUCAGGACAGAUAAAGUACUUCUUCACGCAGUGCAUAGACUGUGGAACUCGCUCCCACAAGAGGCAGUGAUGUCCACUAAGUUGGGUGGCUUUAAAGAAGGACUGGACAAAUUCAUAGAGUGAAGCUAUCAGUGGCCACGAGGCACAACGCUUACGUUCUACCUCCACGGCCGGAGCGGCGAUGUCUCUGAAUUCCAAUUGCUGGAAACUGCAGCAGGGAGAGAUUCUCUUGUGCCCGAAUUCUGUUUGUGGGUUUGCCACAGGCAUUGGGUGAGAGCACGAUGCUAGACAAGAUGGGCUUGAUCCUGCAGGCCACUUACUUUGUUUUUAUGCUGUCCAUUUAUCCUGUUGUUUAUUGGUGGGGUGGGGAUUUCUCCAUUUAAUAGUGAAUAUUGAAUUCACACAGUAACGUGAAUAGUUUUAUUCCUGCGCCCCUUUUAAAAAUCUUCUGGUGUUAAAGGUCUCAAAUGACAUGUGAUAUCCCGGCUCAGUUACAACCACCCCUCUCCCCAGAUUUCCAAAGGCUUUCCUGUGUGCUUUUCCAGGUGUUGCAAAGGAAAGUGAGGCCUUCUAGCAGGACUCUUGAUUUGUUUUCCUCGCACCCCCUACCUGCUCCACUCUUCUCCUUAGCAGUGUAGGAGGAGAAGAGGAUGGUGGGAGGACAUUAAAUGCGAGAUUUGCAGUCACAUGAAAACCAUCUGGCCUUCUAGAACAGCAGGGAAUUAUCCCCUAAGCCACAUCGGUCAGCCGCAGUUGCCGUGGAGACGAGCCUGGGCUGCCUGCUUUGAAGAGGUUUAUGGGAUGUGGAAGGGAUUGGCAGCAACCGCAAGGAGAGGAUACAGGAUCAGAUCAUACAGCUGGAAGGGCCCUCCCUAGGUCAUCCAGCCAACCCCCUGCAAUGCAGGAACCACAGCUAAAGACUGGAUAUGGAGCUCCAUCUGGUACGCAGGCUGAGACUCUACCUGCCCGCAGACUGUCUCGCCAGGGUGUGCGUGCUCCAGUUAUCUCCCACUUGGACUCCUGCAAUGUGCUCUACAUGGGACUACCUUUGAAGGUGACCCGGAAACUACAACUUACCCAGAAUGCGGCAGCUAGACUGGGGACUGGGAGCGGCCGCCGAGACCACAUAACACCGGUCUUGAAAGACCUACAUUGGCUCCCAGUACGUUUCCGAGAACAAUGCAAAGUUGGUGCUGACCUUUAAAGCCCUAAACAGCCUCGGCCCAGUAUACCUGAAGGAGCGUCUUCACCCCCAUCAUUCUGCCCGGACGCUGAGGUCCAGUGCUGAGGGCCUUUUGGCGGUUCCCUUGCCGCGAGAAGCCAAGUUACAGGGAACCAGACAGAGGGCCUUCUUGGUGGUGGCACCCGCCCUGUGGAACGCCCUCCCAUCAGAUGUCAAAGAGAUAAACAACUACCUGACAUUUAGAAGACAUCUGAAGGCAGCCCUGUUCAGGGAAGCUUUUAAUGUUUAAUAGACGAUUGUAUUUUAAUAUUAUGUUGGAAGCCACCCAGAUGGGCAGGGUAUAAAUAAUAUAUUAUUAUUAUUAUUAUUAUUAUUAUUAUUAUUAUUAUAUGGAGCAGAUUUAUUGUGGUCUGAAAUCCUUUGUUCUGAAAUCCUCUCUUUUUCUCCCGUCUCCACAGACGUUUCUAAAUCCUUGCUACGAAGCCAGCCUCAUCCCCAUCUUCAUCAUCACCUUCUCCAUGGGGGUCUGGGCCUUCUUCACCGCCGGAGGUUCCCUGAGGAGCAUCGUCACCUGCCUGUCAUGUGAGGGUCGCACUUCUGUGUGGAAGAGGAACGGGUGCAGGGCAAUAGCUAAAACAGACCACCACCCCCAGUCCACCUAGGUUUAUACAGGCAUGGGUAGGAGCAGAAACAGCUUGCUUAACCUAAGCAAAUACCGUAUUUUUCGCUCUAUAGGACGCACUUUUCCCCCUCCAAAAAUUAAGGGGAAAUGUUUGUGCGUCCUAUGGAGCGAAUGCAGGCUCCUUGGCUUCAGCGAUAGCAACACGAAGCCUCCGAGCGCAGAGGAGCGCUCCCUCCGCGCUCCGGAGGCUAUGCGUUGCUUUUGCUGAAGCCUGGAGAGCGAGAGGGGCUUUAGGGAUAGCCGCCUGAAGCCUCCGGAGCACAGCGGGAACUCGCGCUGCGCUCCGAAGGCUUAGGGUUCCUUUUGCUGAAGCCGGGAGAGCCAGACUCUCCCGGCUUCAGCAGAGAGGGAGAGCUGUGCAGCGCCCCUUCAGCCAAGCGGGAGGAGAAAUGGAAGGGGCUCCGUUUCUCCUGCCGCUUCACUGAAGGGGCGCUGAGCAGAGAGGGGGAUUUUUUUUCUCUUGUUCUCCCCUUCUAAAACAAGGUGCGUCCUAUGGUCAGGUGCGUCCUAUAGAGCGAAAACUGUGGUAGCUUUAGUUUAAAAAAAAAUUUAAAACCCAAGUUUCUAGUCCAUAUGUCUGCAGGGAUUUCAAGUGUUUGAGCCUUGUUGGUUUAGAGAAAAAGGCAGGGCAGGCGAGAGGUGACGUGAGGAGUCUUAUCAAAUUGUGCAUAGCAUGGAGAAAGGGCAGAGAGAAAUGUUUUCCUCCCUCUCUCAUAACAUUGGAACUCAUGGGCUUUGGAGUAUUCAGGACAGAUAAAAGGAGUGCUUCUUCACACAGCGCCGAGUUAAACUUGGGAACUCGGUCCUGCAGGAGACAGCGAUGGUUCCCAGAGUGGUUUAACAGCCGGUUCCUUCUUUCCAGGGAAUUCUGGGACUGGUUUCUCUGGUGGGAACAGAGGGUCUCCUCCUAGCAACUCUCAGCACCCUUAAAAAUCUACAGUUCCCAGUGGUUAUGUAAGCUUUCAGAAUAUUUAGAAUUAGCCAAAUCGACAGGCAUAAUAAGAAAAAAACCAAAAAGUGAAGUAAAAAAAGUGCCUAAAUGAAUACCUUAAAAGUCAAGGUUCGAGGGCAGAAAUCUGUCUGAGUCUGGAAUAACCUUGUGAAGUGAAAGGAUAAGAAAGAGGGAUUUACAUCUAGAUGUUAGGAUAGAGAUGAUCAGGAAAACAGGAAGACACAAUGAGAGGUAAAGGAGGUGCUGUGGGAUUGGUGGAAGUCAAUGUUUGUUUUUCUUUUUAGUGUUUAUAUUAUUAACUUGUAAGAUAUGGAUUUGUGGUUUUUUUGUUUUUUGAAUAUUGGUUUUUGUGUUUUGUGUAUUGUUAUUUUUCAAUAUUUUUCGUGUUGUUGUGUGGAGAAUACUAAUAAAAUUUAUAUAUAUAUAUUUUUUAAAAAGAGAUAAAUAUUCUGAAACAAUAAUAUAUAUAUAAAAAAAUCUACACUUCCCAGGAUCCUUUGGGGGGAAGCCAUGUCUGCCUAAAUUGAUCCAGUUUAAAGUGCUUAAGAUAGGGCCAGAGUCUUACUAGCAGACAGCUGGCCAAAGAUUGCCCAACUGGCAGCAGCGACCACCCAGAUAACGUGGUUUAGAUGGAGUUUAGCCAGUGGUUGCCUCUAUACGUCUGUCUUUCUCUGUCCUGACACAGCCCCCCUUUUCUUCCAGGCCGGCGGAAGGAAGCUGACCAAGUGAUGGUCUCCUCUGCGCUGCAGCUUCCUGUGGAGGACUAGGCCCACCCUUUUUCAACAUCCUGGAUCUGAGGAUGCUCCUGAGGACCACCCAAGUGCCCUUCCGUUGGCUUCAGCCUCUGCCAAUCAAAUCCACGCCCUCUCUCUUCCCUCCCCCCUCUGUCUGGGAGGCACAAGUCCAGAGUCGACCCUCCUAGCCCAAGGGAUGAUGACAGCUCUGAUGGCAGGAUGAUAACUACUCCCAAAAAGAGCUCAUUACAUAUUCCACGUGCUUGGGAAUUCAGUAUUCCAUGUGGUUGGGAAUUCAAUAUUCCAUGUGGUUGGCUUCCCUACCGUCCCUCCAGUGUGUGUAAGGAGGUAUAUUUUUUUUGACUCUGAUCUGCAAGAGGGAGAACGUCGGUUAAUCUCUUAAGCAGUUUCAUCUUUUCGGUAGAGGCAAACAAGGCCACGUAAUUUGUCCUCCGAUGUUUUCUUGGGACACACAAUUUCUUGGAGCCAAAAUGAGGCCCUUUUCCCUCUUCUUCAACGUCGGGGAGCUCAGGAUAUACAACCAGUUCUCUUUCUGGGAUGUGUGAUGUUGACCUAAAAGUGGUGCGAAGUUCAUUGUGCCUAGGCUAGGCGCCCGUUACUCCUGGUCGGCAACUUUGGCCAGAGGGCCAAGAGAGGAGAGCAGGCCUGCUCGACCACAAUCCACCCUCCUCGAAUGAAGCAAUUCCCAUCAGCAUCGUAAUAUCAACUGGAAGCUGGUUGGAACUGUUCAAGAAGGCCCGGAUUUGGCCCUGCUGCUGUGAGUCGCCGAUCCUGCUCUAAUUUGCAAAGAGAGCACGAUCCCCUCAAGUGACCAGGUUACUCUAGAUCAGUCUUGCUGACGGCAGUGAAGGUCGGUCACCCACUUUUUGCUGUUAAAACUCCCAACCUGGAAUGAUCCCUUGUUCUGAAAGAAUCCUUCCUCUGUGUGCAAUUGAUUUUGUUUUACUGUCGUACUUUUUCAAGGACAAAAACUGAACUGAAGUUUCUUUUCUUUUUCCUUUGAGAGGACAGAAGAGGUGGCCCAUGAAAAGCCUUUGGACUGAAACGCCUUCCUGUUGUCCUCGAUGCGUUGAAACACUGGAGCCCUGGAUUUUUAAUAUAUGUGUGUCUGAAUGCGCGAGGGCAGCCCUCCCUAAGUUGUUGGGGGCUCCCAGCUCCCAGCAUUCCCUUGCUCCUUGGCCAUCGUGGCAGGGGCUGAAGGGAGCUGGACUCCUAGCAAUAUCUGGUGGGCCACAGGUGGACUCCCUCCCUCAGUGCUAGCUGCGGUCAAGCCCAAGGACCACGAAAGAUAGCAGGUCCCUUAGACGAUGAGAGCGGCCUUCAUGGGAUAUUUGAGGAAGGGAAGAAGAAGGUUUAGGUCCAGUUGAGUGUGUACGGUUGCCAUAUUUCAAAAAGUAAAAAUCCGGACAAUAAAGUUGUGGAUCUAUCUUUCUUUCUUUCAUUACAAAAAACUUUUCUUUUCUUUUCUUUUCUUUUCUUUUCUUUUCUUUUCUUUUCUUUUCUAUUCUUAUGCUUUUUAUUGAGAUUUAAGAACACCAACACCAACCAACAAAAACAUCAAAUCUUAUUACAUAUAUCCUACUUUAUGCUCCAUAGAGCCGUUGACUUCCGUCCUUCCCUUCCCCAAGUUUUCUUAUUCCAAUCUAUAAUUCACAGUUUCAUUGGUUAAAAAUUACACCGUGACAUAAGAUUUAAUUCAAUCCUGCCAACGUUUUUAUAUUUCUACACUUCUCACUUAUACAAACCAUAAAUUUACUCCAUUCUUUUUGGUACUUCGUCUCCUCCUGAUUGCGAAUUCUGUGUGUCAAUUUUGCCGUUUCAGCGUAUCCAACCAACUUUAUCUGCCAUUCCCUUACAGUCGGAAUCUCCUGUGACUUCCACUUUGGGGCUAUCAAAACUCUUUCUUUCUUUCUUUCUUUCUUUCUUUCUUUCUUUCUUUCUUUGCAAAAAACCCCCACUUCCAACAUGGAUUUUCCCAGACUUUUUAACCAGUUAUCAGAAAUUCUGCCUGGACGCUGUUUUCGGCAGACGAAUCCCGGAUAUGUUUGCGAAAUUCUGGGCAUAUGGCAGCCCUGUAAGUGUGGAGUCACCAAGGGCUAAGUUGGCACCUCCAACUGAAGAUGGCCGUGUGGCUGCUGGCCAGUGCCAAGGCAAAUAGGGCUUUCUCCAUAAAGAGGAAGAGUUUAAAUGAUUCUGUCCCCCACCCACUUUCAAACAGGAACAAGAGAAGAAGGCUGUCUCUCCCUCUGGAUUUCCCCCCCCAACUCUAUGGUUGUGGCUGCCAGCCAGUGAGCAGCAGUAUUGGAACCUGGGGCAGGAAAGCACAUGUGCUGCAGCAGGAAGUUUUAGCGCCAUCUGCUGGCCAGGAUGUGCCACUGCAUCUACAUUAACAUACUGCUGCUUUGAUAUGUUGGGGAAGGAAGAGGCAUUUAAAGGGUUUGGGUUGUUUUUUGACAGAUCACCAGUCCUUUAAAUAUAGAGAUAUAUAUUGAAGCCAGGAUCCUUUUUCCUAUCAUCCCUGUUGCUGCAAUGAAUAAAAGGACUUCUCUCUUGUAAUAGGGCUUACUGCGUUGGGAGUGGCAAAACGCCAUGUUAUUAUUAUUAUUCUACAGGUGCAAAGGGUGGCAAUGCUAGGGAUGGGUAGAACUGUUAUAAAUGUCUCCUGUUGGUUUUGGUGGGGGGUCUGGGAUCCCAUCUUCAGGAUUGCAGUUGGCACGAUUGCACUCAGGCAAGGAAAGGGGGUCUUUGCAUGAGGGAGAUGUUUUGACGCUUGGAACCCGUCCCCCCAAAGAAUCAUAUACGGUGGUACCUCGGGUUAAGUACUUAAUUCGUUCCUGAGGUCCGUUCUUAACCUGAAACCGUUCUUAACCUGAAGCACUUUAGCUAAUGGGGCCUCCUGCUGCUGCCGCACCGCCGGAGCAUGAUUUCUGUUCUCAUCCUGAAGCAAAGUUCUUAACCUGAAGCACUAUUUCUGGGUUAGCAGAGUCUGUAACCUGAAGCGUAUGUAACCCGAGGUACCACUGUAAUUGCGUAGUUCUUCCUAAGCCUAGUGGGAAUCUCCGUUAUUGCUGUUUGAGUUCAUCGGUUCUUUAAAGCCCUAAACGGCCUCGGUCCAAUAUACCUGAAGGAGCGUCUCCACCCCCAUCGUUCUGCCCGGACACUGAGGUCCAGUGCUAAGGGCCUUCUGGCGGUUGCCUCACUGCAGAAGCCAUGUUACAGGGAACCAGGCAGAGGGCCUUCUCGGUGGUGGCACCCGCCCUGUGGAACGCCCUCCCACCAGAUGUCAAAAAAGAAAAACAACUACCAGUCUUUUAGAAGACAUCUGAAGGCAGCCCUGUUUAGGGAAGCUUUUAAUGUUUAAUAGACUACAGUGGUACCUCGAGUUAUGAACUUAAUUUGUUCCGGAGGUCCAUUCUUAACCUGAAGCACCACUUUAGCUAAUGGGGCCUCCUGCUGCUGCUGCCGCGGCGCCGCAGCUGCACAAUUUCUGUUCUCAUCCUGAAGCAAAGUUCUUAACCCGAGGUAAUAUUUCUGGGUUAGCGGAGUCUGUAACCUGAAGCGUAUGUAACCCAAGGUACCACUGUAUUGUAUUUUAAUAUUCUGUUGGAAGCUGCCCAGAGUGGCUGGGGAAACCCAGCCAGAUGGGCGGGGUAUAAAUAAAUUAUUAUUAUUAUUAU